CUACUAUAUAACAAAUAAUUUGAGCUCACAACAAUCAUGAGACACGACUUGAGCAUAGCUGUAGUGUGCUCCAGCAAUCAGAACAGAAGCAUGGAGGCUCAUCAUCUCCUCAGUAAGAAGGGUUUCAGGACGAAAUCGUACGGAACUGGGAGUAAAGUGAAACUACCGGGACCAACUGUUGACAAGCCAAACGUGUACGAUUUCAAUACUCCUUAUGAGCAAAUUGCUGAGGAUCUUAGGAACAAAGACAUGAGUUUCUACACACAGAAUGGGCUCCUCAACAUGUUGGACAGGAAUAAGCGAAUCAAAGGGAAGCCUGAGAAGUUUCAGAGGUGUAACGAGGAAUUUGACUUGAUAGUCACGUGUCAAGAACGUGUGUUUGAUCAGGUGCUUGAAUAUAUGAACGACAGGGAGCAGGUAUCAAUGAACUUGGUUCAUGUCGUAAAUGUUGAGAUAAGGGAUAACCACGAAGAAGCCACGCUAGGAUCUUUCAUUAUCUACGAUUUAGUCGAGAAGUUGUCAAACACAGAGGAUCCGGCUUCAGACAUCGACACAGUGAUAGAUUUCUUGGAGAAAAAGAGAAAUAAAAGGUUUCUACACUCGGUGGCUUUCUACUGACCCCGGUCAAUCAAGAUCAGUGAAUAUUAUCACAUGUCAUAAAGAUGUGUAUUGUGUAGGCGGGAUCGAUAGUGUUUUAACAUUUCAGCUGGACUGGGUUGAUCUGAAAAUCAACUUAUUAGACGAUAUUCGCCAGAUAAGGGCAGUGAUGGAUUAACUGCUCUUAUUUUACAUGAUGAUUUUAAAUUGUUUUCACAGUGAGUGAUGGAUGUUCAAAUUUAUGUUUCUAUGUUCUGGGUAAAUUAAUUCCUUUGUCGAACAAUUUAAGAAUAGGAUUUAUUAUAGCUAAUCAUGACUCAGGAGUAGGCGUAAGAGUUGUUGGUUGGAAAUUUGAGAACCCUCAUCAAUUAGAAUUGUCUGAUCGCAGCUAAAACGGAAAUAUAUUUUAUGAUGUAAGUGGUAGAAGUUCUUUAAAAAUAAAAUUAAUUUCAUUCUCUAAAUUGAAUAGUGAGUUCAGCAGCCUAUGUUGAUGGGGGCUGUCAAACCCGCAUCAGGAUAUUUGUCUUUUAACCGUAAAUUUAACAGAUCGACUACUUGUUGACAAGGUUUUAGAUGCAAUUUUAAAGUUAUUACUAAUCAUAAAGACUCAUAUAUUUUUAUAUUUGGAUAGUUCUGUAAUUUAUUCCAAUUCAAUUCC